GGGAAACAAAAUAAUUAAAUAAUAAUAUUAACAAUAUUAAUAAUAAUAAUAUAAUAGAAUACUAAAAAUAAGAUAAAUAAUAGGGAUAAUAAUUUGUUAUGGUAAAUGAUGAUUUUACAGUGUCAGAACUUGAGGCGUACGAGUGGUCUAGAAAGAAUAAACAUACACACCACAAUCGUAGAAAUAUAAGGGAUAGGCACAGUAGUGACAGUAGCGACGGAAGCUUACCCAGAGAACCCUUCAAUCCUCUCAAUCUAGCCUAUCAUAAAUACAGUACUAACUACAGGAAUAGUAACCAUAGGAGUAAUAACUAUAGGAAUAAUAACUAUAGGAGUAGUAAACAUAAACAUAGGGAUAAUAGUAAAUAUAAGAGUAGUAGAAAUAGGGAUAAUAAUAGUAGUAGAAGUAGUAGUAAACAUAGGGAUACUAAAUACAGGAGUAAUACUAAACAUAGAGAUACUAAACAUAGGGAUAAUAGUAGUAAUAGUAAUAGUAGUAGAAGUAGUAGAAGUGUUGAAAGAUGGAAGCAUGACUUGUACGAAAGUGACAGUGAGCGAAUAACCCACGAACACAAAUACAAAAAGUCCAAACUCUCUAACAAUAACAGUAGUAAUAAUGUAAAUAGUAAUGUAAACAGUAAUGUAAAUGAGGAUAAGAAUAGAAUGAGAAGGAGGGGAUGGCGAUCGAGAGCUGGUGGCGUGUAUAUACCGCCGGAAUCUGAGUCUGAGUCUGAUUUGUACACUGAUUACAUACCAAACUCACAUAAAACACACGAACGGCCCGAUCCGUCCUACACUCUCGACUAAUCCACACUAAUAUUAAUUUUUAUUAUUUUA